GGCUCAGUAGACGGCUGAUUCUAGUUGAGUGUGUACUUGCUAGUUUGUGGUGGAAAGUUGAAAGGUCGUGAAUAAACGGUUUGCCACUUCUGGCAGUGCAUAGUACAGUUUUUAUGUUGCUACAAAGCGGCAAAAAUGGAUUUAACGAUAGAAAGUAAAGCUGGGUAUGUGCUUUCUAACGUAGCCGAGGUUGUUGAGAAAAUUCUGACAUUCGUACCGACCAAGUCACUGUUUCACACCGCCAGUGUGUGCGCAUUAUGGCGGGAGUGUGCCCGCAGAGUACUCAGAAAACAGCAGAAUGUGGCCUGGAUUUCUGCUUCAGGGUCCAGUGGCGGCAGUGGCCACGUCUUACCCCGGAAACUGGAUGAAGAAGUGGAGAAUGUGUAUUUGCUUCCCAAGACGGUGCUGAUUAUGGCAGAUGUUGAUGCUUUUAACCAGCAAGAUAAUCACUUUCUUAAAAAAAAAGUGAAAAAAUCAUCUAGCUCAGGAAAAACAGACGAGCUUAGGAAACUGUUUCCCAAAGGAUGUGACAUCUUGGGCAUUGCAGUACCUGGGAUUGUCUUAACUCCGAUGGGGUCACACAGUAACCCGCCUCAGGAAUUUGAAGAGGGAGAAGCAGGCUUUGCCAUCAUGUUUCCCAAUAUUGAUGGAAUAAAUAUCCGCUCAUUCCACUUCUGCAAAAGGAGUUUCUCCAGCACGUCUCUUGAAGAAGCAGGACUUGUGAACAAUCCCAGUCUGCGGGUGGUUCUUUUGUUUGGAUACGAGGCGUUUAAGUCGGGAGCUGCACGAUUCCUUAACCAAGUUAUUGAGCCGCUGUCCAAAGCUAACAUCCUCCUUGCUGGUGGACAUAUUGAGAGCGUGACUUCCCCAGAGUCAGAAUGCUGUAACCCGGGUUCCUACGGGGUGGUGGGUCUGGCGUUGAGUGGCUCAAAGAUCCAGGGCGCUUCGGUUCUCCUCGAGCAGGAUGUGAACAGUGAGAAGACUGCAGAAGCAGCUGUGCAGCGCCUGAUAUCUGCCAACAUCCCACAGCACAACACCCUGGGCUUCAUGUUCGCCUGUGUGGGCCGUGGCAGACACCACUACAAUUCGAAGAACAACGUGGAAGCAGACGCCUUUCGAAAGAUCUUCCCAAACAUUCCUUUGUUUGGCUUCUUCGGGAAUGGGGAGAUCGGAUGUGACAAGAAUGUCACUGGGGAUUACACCCUGACUGACGCGGAAAACCUGCAGCACGGCUAUUCCACAGUUAUGGCACUUGUUCAUUUAGGAUGAAGAAGUAUGGUAAGGAGGAGCAGGUUUUGUAGGGUUGUUUAGCGGACGGCAGAGCAGUAUUAGGUGAAGGGGAGAGUUGAGUCACUCCUCCAGGUUUUUUUUUUUUUCUUUUCCAUUUACUAAACAAGCAUUACAAAUUCCAGCAGUCUGCACUUUUUAACAACAAAUCUGGUCUCGCAUCAUUUAGGAAGGCUGCACUAUAGGUUUUCAUAGGCUUGCUGGGGUGUUAAAGUUUGUGAUGGAAAACACAUAGACUGCUCCAGACAAUUAAGGGACAUUCAGCGAUUUGUAUAUCAGGUGUCAUAAACCCCACAAAAUCCUGUGUUGAAAUGAGGUGUCAGAUGGUGGUAAAAUAGAUAUAUCCAACAUUCCAAUGUAUACUAUUGUCCACUCUCCAUAUGUAAAUAUCGCCACAUAUACCAAUACAGACCUGGCAUUGAUUAUGCUUACUGGAAAUAAUGUUUCCCAAUCGUUUCGGGCAGUGUGUAUACGACUGGACUGUAAUUAAAUGUAUUGCAAUUGAUUGGAUAUGUACCAUAUCUGUCUGUGUGGUAAAAUGUUAUUUUCCUAGUGUAAGAAUUCCAUGUUUGUAUGGAUUGCUAACCCGUUUCUGCUUCAAUGUAUUAUUAUUAUUAUUAUUAUUAUUAUUAUUUUUCUUUUUGUUUUCUGGAGUUUUUUCAUAUUAAACGGGGGGCCAGGCAGUACUCUCCUGGUAAUGUGCAGCACACACGACACUGGCUGCCAACAGGUUCACACAUUUAAGUGCUUGAAUGCUGGCACAGUUUUUAGUAGGAUAAAGUGUGUUCUGGCAGUGUCUAUAACAUUGUUAUAGUGUCAUCACAUGCAUGGUUUUUAUGUGGAGGGACACAAGCCCAAGUGCUAUUUCUAAUUUUAUUUACAAAUAAAGGAAGCAUUCUUUGGAGUCUUACAUGCUUUGUAUAACUUGAUUCUAUACAAUUGGAACUUGUAUUGUUACAUUUGUUACACGAAAAGGUGGCAUUUGCUUUGUAUCUCUGUUAAUUAAUGUAAUUGGUCAAUGAAGUGUAAACCAAAUAUUACUCGUGGUGUGCGCAGUUAAAAUUCUCAGCAUUCAGGUCAGCACAGUUAUAUUAAAACACAAUGUUCUAUAAUCCGUCAUUGUGACCUCUGUCUUUUGUAUAUUGUGGAUUAUUCUUUGUGUUCUUAAAAGUUAUUACAGCAAUCAUUUUUGCAAUAAAUGUGUUGAGCACAGUCCAGAACCAUUUCUGUGUUUUGUAAUGGUGUAGCGCUGUAUCAUUUGUUUUAUGUCUGUCAGUUGCAUAAAAAUCAUGGGCUAAUGUUCUAAGCUUUGACCUGUACCAUAACUUUGUAAUUUAGUGCAACUUGGCAGCUGUGAGUCCUGUUUUAAAGUAACACGUUUCCACAAGGUGACUUUACACUUCGUUUUUUGUUUAAGAGGUAAUUUAUGGCUUUAAAAAAUUUGGGGGCUUUAAGAUUUGCAUCCCGGUUGCAUCGGUGUAUAUGGAAGUAUGAAUGCUGUGUACUGAACAUAUCUGUUAUUAAGACAAUUUAGCAUUUAAAAGAUAUCUCUGUUUAAAAAAAAUAAUAAAUAUAAUGUUAACUUUUUAAACAUUUUA